CACUGCUCUGCGAAGCCCAAGACGUAUGAAUGGCCUGGUUUCUGCAGAGGCCAUAUCACCUAAACGCUGCAGGGCCAAUGCAGACCGCGUAUUGACCAUGUAAUGCCUUUUAGGCUAUUAGAUAUUUCAAUGUGUAAUUCGCACUCCGACCUGAGAAAGGCAGCAAACCAGCGUCUAGUCUGCCGGAACGCACAAGAAAAAUAAGUGCGUUUACAUUGUCAAACAUCUUAAAGUAUGUGCCAUUUAUUACUCAUUCUUUAAGACGUACGGAUAGUUAGCGACGCUUGCUCAACAGGACUGCAUUCGUUCAAAUUCACAAGCCAUGAGUUCUAACGUUUCCUUGUCAAAAGCGGAGUUGGCGGCAGCCAUCGGUGUGACUGCAGGAGCUACAGCUGCGGGCAUCCUCCUCCUCCAGUACUUCUCCAAGGGGUCAGGGGUCAAGCCCAAGGUCAACUUGGACCUGCAGAAAGACAACCCCAAAGUGGUGCACGCUUUCGACAUCGAGGACCUCGGGGAUAAGGCGGUGUACUGCAGGUGUUGGAGAUCUAAGAAGUUUCCCUACUGCGAUGGCGCUCAUGCUAAACAUAACCAAGAGACGGGGGAUAACGUCGGUCCUCUCAUCAUGAAAAGAAAGGAGGCCUGAAUCCAGUCAAUCAUCCAUCCAUCCAUGUUAUCCCAUGACUGCUGCUGACAUACUGAUGCACACAAGUGCUCUUUGCUACAGAAAGGAUGACAGUGGUUGACAGUACACUUGGUAGUUGCUCUGAAACAUGGUGACCAAAUCAGUUUUUGGGCUAUAUUUAUUUUAUUUAUUGAUUGAAGCCACCCUUAUCACAGGACCAAGCGGUUAUCAAUUUUUGGUGGAAAAUGACUUUGUAGUCAUACCUAGAAUAAUGGUAGAUAUUUCGCUGGGAUUACCAAGGAAACAUGGGUGUGGCAGUACUGUAAAGCAAAGUGCCACGCUGGUUGUAUAUAUUUCAUUGAGCUAUGGUAUCUGUGCUGUUGUUUUCAGAAUUUUGUUUUGAUCAAUGUUUUUGCCUUUCUUUUAUACUGUAGACAUCGCAACUUAUCUGUCCCUUUAUGAUAUCAUAGAGAUCGCAACUUAUCUGUCCCUUUAUGAUAUCAUAGAGAUCGCAACUUAUCUGUCCCUUUAUGAUAUCAUAGAGAUCGCAACAUAUCUGUCCUGUUAUGAUACCAUAGAGAUCGCAACGUAUCUGUCCCGUUAUGAUACCAUAGAGAUCGCAACGUAUCUGUCCCAUUAUGAUACCAUAGAGAUCGCAACGUAUCUGUCCCAUUAUGAUACCAUAGAGAUCGCAACGUAUCUGUCCCAUUAUGAUACCAUAGAGAUCGCAACGUAUCUGUCCCAUUAUGAUACCAUAGAGAUCGCAACGUAUCUGUCCCAUUAUGAUACCAUAGAGAUCGCAACGUAUCUGUCCCAUUAUGAUACCAUAGAGAUCGCAACGUAUCUGUCCCAUUAUGAUACCAUAGAGAUCGCAACGUAUCUGUCCUGUUAUGAUACCAUAGAGAUCGCAACGUAUCUGUCCCGUUAUGAUACCAUAGAGAUCGCAACGUAUCUGUCCCAUUAUGAUACCAUAGAGAUCGCAACGUAUCUGUCCCAUUAUGAUACCAUAGAGAUCGCAACGUAUCUGUCCCAUUAUGAUACCAUAGAGAUCAACUUAUCUGUCCCAUUAUGAUAUCAUAGAGAUCGCAACGUAUCUGUCCCAUUAUGGCACCUGUGAGUGUACGGGCAGCGCCAUUGAGGCAAUCUCUAUUUUGAAGUUGUCCAUUUUCUUCUUCUGCUACUUCUGAGUUGGUAAACAAACUGAAAGGGUGUACACUGCCACCUAGAGGGUGUAGUCUGAACAGGUAUAAAGACAAGGUUGGUGAUUUACUGCCACCUGCAGUUAUGGAAUGUUUGCGCACAAAUAUAAUUCAUUGUCUGAUCCUGCCUGAUGACCUUGAUGGAAUUAUGUGAGACUUCCUUAACCCAUAGGAAGUCCCACCCAGUUGACUACUUAAAAAUGGUGAAAGUCCUCAAUGGCGCUGUCCAUGCUAAAACAGGCUUUUCGGCAGUAGAGUCCUCUAUCAUUCUCUAUGGUUGAUACUCAGGAGUUUUUCCUGACCACGGGACUUGAUCAGGGAUCUCUCUGUACCUUUUAUUGCAGCUGUAACUAGGGGCCCAGAGUUUUUCCAUGGUCAGGAAAAACACCUGGGGCUACUGAAGCAUCAAGGAAACGGAUGAGGUGCUAUUUUAUUUUCAUUCAACUUGUGAAAUCAAUUGUAAAAUGGUGUCACUUUUCAAUGGAUUUCAGAUAAAGGUUCUACAGCAUUCUUAUCUGCAAAUGAAGCAGUCGUAAUGAUUACCUUGUUGAUUUUAAGUCUGUGUUAACGGUGAAUCAACAAGUCUAAACAAGUUAAACUUGUUCCAGCCAUACUACAUACCAAUUAUAUUCCUGGGUUGUAUUCAGUGGGCAAAAAAAACAUGUAAUGUUGUGAAACUAGGAGGUAGCUUACUAGAGAAAUACUCAGUUUAGUUUUUGCUUUAAAAAAGUUUUUGCUACGUUUUGCCCUACUUAACACAGCCCUGUAGCCUACUGAAUGUUUAGUGGCUGAAUCUGAACUUGUCACGCAUCACUUCUGGUAACCAGCUUUAAUAAGGCACAGUUCUGUGUAGUUCAGCGUUUCCCAAACUCUAUCUUGGGGACCCCAAGGGGUACACAUUUUGGUUUUUCCCCUAAAUCAACUUAUCGACAAGCUUUGACUAUUUGAAUCAGCUGUGUAAUGCUGGGGCAAAAACCAAGAUGUGCCCCCCCUUUGGGUCCAGAGGACUGAGUUGGGGAUACGCUGAUACUAGUGUGAGAAUGUUAAUUGUCUACAGUCUGUGUGACCUCUGAUUUCCACAAUAUGUGGCUUCAUUUGAAUCCAUCACUUAAUCAUCAAUAAAAACAAUAAUCAUUGUUCUUCCUUCUGCCAAUUAAAUAA